AUGUAUAACAUUCUACAACACACGGCUUCAGCCAGGGGCAUCUCGAGCGACAAGCUGUACCAGUACCACAAGCUGUACCAGGACAAGCUGUACCAGGACAAGCUGUACCAGUACCACAAGCUGUACCAGUACCACAAGCUGUACCAGGACAAAGUGUCCCAGGACAAAUACCACAAGCUGUACCAGGACAAGCUGUACCAGGACAAGCUGUACCAGUACCACAAGCUGUACCAGGACAAAGUGUCCCAGGACAAAUGUCCCAGGACAAAGUGA